GUGUGUCCACAACUCGCUUCCGCUGUGGUCCUCCUAGAAGGACUUUGGCUUGUGGGGGUGGGUGAGGUGGCCUGCGUAGGCGACGCCCCUAGCUUUCGUCCACCCGCUGUGCUUUCUUUAUUCGUGAGAGGAAAAAGAGUUAAAUACGGCUCGAUGUGCCAUCAUUUUUGUCAUGGUGAAAGCAGCAUGCUUGAAUUUUCUGAAGUUGUGCAAAAUAAAAUAUUACAAUUAUUGCCUUAUUCACAAUGUACAGAGGGAUUUUAUCAUACAAACAGGAGAUCCUACAGGGACUGGCCGUGGAGGAGAGUCUAUAUUUGGACAACUGUAUGGUGAUCAAGCAAACUUUUUUGAGGCAGAAAAAGUGCCAAGGAUAAAGCACAAGAAGAAGGGCACUGUGUCCAUGGUGAACAAUGGCAGUGAUCAACAUGGAUCUCAGUUUCUUAUUACUACAGGAGAAAAUCUAGAUUACCUUGAUGGUGUUCAUACAGUGUUUGGUGAAGUGACAGAAGGCAUGGACAUAGUUAAGAAAAUCAAUGAGACCUUUGUUGACAAGGAUUUUGUACCAUAUCAAGAUAUCAGGAUAAAUCAUACAGUGAUUUUAGAUGAUCCGUUUGAUGACCCUCCUGAUUUAUUAAUUCCUGAUCGAUCACCAGAACCUACAAGGGAACAAUUAGAUAGUGGUCGAAUAGGAGCAGAUGAAGAAAUUGAUGACUUCAAAGGAAGAUCAGCUGAAGAAGUAGAAGAAAUAAAGGCAGAAAAAGAGGCUAAAACUCAAGCUAUUCUUCUAGAGAUGGUGGGAGACUUACCUGAUGCGGACAUUAAACCUCCAGAAAAUGUUUUAUUUGUGUGUAAAUUGAAUCCAGUGACCACAGAUGAGGACCUGGAGAUAAUAUUCUCAAGAUUUGGGCCAAUAAGAAGUUGUGAAGUUAUCCGAGAUUGGAAAACAGGAGAAUCCCUCUGUUAUGCUUUUAUUGAAUUUGAAAAGGAAGAAGACUGUGAGAAAGCAUUUUUCAAAAUGGAUAAUGUACUUAUAGACGACAGGAGAAUACAUGUGGAUUUUAGCCAGUCUGUUGCAAAGGUUAAAUGGAAAGGGAAAGGUGGGAAAUAUACCAAGAGUGAUUUCAAGGAGUAUGAAAAGGAACAGGAUAAACCAUCCAAUUUGGUUUUGAAAGAAAAAGUAAAGCCCAAACAGGAUGCAAAAUAUGAUCUUAUACUAGAUGAGCAGGCAGAAGACUCAAAGUCAAGUCACUCACACACCAGUAAAAAACACAAAAAGAAAACCCGUCACUGCUCUGAAGAAAAGGAAGAUGAAGAAUAUAUGCCAAUCAAAAAUCCUAAUCAGGAUAUCUACAGAGAAAUGGGCUUUGGCCAUUAUGAAGAUGAAGAAAGCUGUUGGGAGAAACAGAAAAGUGAAAAGAGAGACCGACGUCAGAACCGCAGUCGUAGCCGAUCUCGAGAAAGGGAUGGUCACUAUAGUAACAGCCACAAACCCAAGUACCAGACAGAUCCCUAUGAAAGGGAAAGGAGUAGAAAGAGAGACCGAAGCAGAAGUCCAAAAAAAUCCAAAGACAAAGAAAGAUCUAAGUACAGAUGAGAGGGAAGAAGAGGAAGUGAGUGGCUAGGAGGUCUGCUCCUGCCUGGUUUGGAGCUCUCGCAGACGCUCAGAGUUCCUGCUGGCACAGCUAACUCUGCCUCCAUGUUGAUGGUGCAUCCCUCCAGGUUAACACUAAGGGUGUGGGGCACUGGAAGAGAGUGGGCAUUUUCUGUGUAUACUUUUUAUACAAAUUUUAUUGUUGUGCAUACAUGUUAUUGUUCAUAUUUAACAUCUUUCAUAUUUUCAGCCUUUUUUAAAUGAAGCAUUUCAUACCAUAGAAGUCCAUAGAGUUGUAUAUAAUACAUAAAACAUAGUAAAUUGUAUACCCGACCGCAGUGUAAGAGGGUUGCUUGCUAUGGAGGUUUCAUGUCCUUUCUUCCUCCAGAUUUUAUCAUUCUAAGUUGUGUUUACCUUGCUGUUAAUUUCAUAUGGUUUGGAAUUUUAUAAAAAUGACACAAUAUAUGUUUACUUCUGUGACUUUU